GGCGAUGCUCUAGCUGGUCUUUGUGUCGUGUCCUACUUCCUCUUUUCUGGGGGCAGUGGACAUUGGCAGAACUUCUUGGAGGUUUCUUGCGCUUUCUCACUCAGAAUGUUGUACUCUCCACAGUAUCGAGGCCCAGCAGACUGUCUUUCGCGAUGUAGCGAAACUGUAUGCUUGAUUGUUAAAACGGCCAUGUGGUUUGACGUUCUCGCAUCGGCGACACUUGUCAGGAAGCCACGAUUCAUAGAUGUCUUCCGCGACAUCUUCAGCGACCGUGCCCCUGCUACAUUUGAUGGCGUUGAAGUGCUCGAAGACCCUAGAUUGUCCAUGCUUCCCAUCAUGGGUUGCGAGAAUCACAUUGUCCGCGCAUUGGCAGAGAUCGCCGACCUAGCGGUGUGGAAGAUGAAUGAAAGGCAUAAAGGCAGUCUCAGCGUACCAAUGCUGGUACAAAGGGGACUUGAAAUAGAAAAAACCCUUGAUCCACGACCACGACCACGACCACCGCAAUACUUGCAUCUAAGCGUAGAUGCGGAACUCGAGACACGGCGCCACCUCACGUCUGAGGUAUUUCGUGCCUCUGCACGGGUCUACCUUCAUUCCGUCUUAUCAGGAGAUUUCCCAGGAUGCCCUGAGAUCGUUGACGGCGUGAAGGAUACAGUACAGUGUUUGCAACAAGUUCCAGAGUAUACUACGACUUCACGCUUUGUGGUUCGCAGUGUGGUGUUCAGUAUCUGCAUUUGCGGCUGCCUCACGGACAAUACGGGAUACCGCGCGUACUUCCUCAAACGUCUCGAGGAACAGCAGAAGGAGUCGGUUGGGAACUGCUCUACUGUGAUGACGCUCAUGCGUGAGGUGUGGAACAAACGAGCCAGUGGUCAACCCGUCGAUUGGCGGCAGGUUAUGCGCGAAUCAACUGUGCUCCUCGUCUGAGGAGGUCAAAGUGUGCAAAUGUUCUGCUAUUUCCCCCUUCUUUUUCCUAUGGAUCCACUUUCUAUCCCCAAAAACAGUCUAGGCUCGAAGCCUUCCUUUCGUCAUGACCUCUGCUAUGUUCUUCGAAUCGUGUUUCUCUCAAAUCUACCAAUAAUACCCUACACCUACACAUUUGUAUUUUGCUCCAUGUUUUGUUUCGAUAGUUUCUGUGCAACUUAUUUUUCCCUUCCACUAUACUCACCAAUCAUCCCCAAACAUUUUCAAUCAUAACUACAAGGAAUAAAUGUCGUUUUUAAUUAUCAUUCGUCAGCAUCUUACACAC